AUGAGAACAGCGGAUCUGGAUAAGGCCAUCCAGCUUGCUCGAGAUGCCUUGGAUGGCGUCCCAAAGGACGAUAGUGGUCGACCAAAGAAGUUAAGCAGGCUCGCCCAGCUCCUCAACGACAAGCAUGACGCUGUGAAUACCGGCCCCAUCUCGGAGAGGUUAGACAACGCGAAAAUUGCUGCGGACGAAGCUAUUGAGAUGGCAGAGGAAGCUCUUGGUCUCAUCGCAGAGGAUAGUCCAGAUCGACAGGAGUAUCUCAGAGACCUUGCCAUUUAUCAUGCGGCUCGGUUUGAUGACAGAAGGAAAAUGUAUGAUGUGGACAGGGCCAUUGAGUUGAUGCGAGAAGCCGUGAACGUCGACCAUCCUGAUCGAAUGAGGGACGUUAGCAGACUGUCUGAGUAUCUCGCGAGGAGGUUCAAAGCAUACGAUUCGCGUGAUGAUUUGGAUGAUGAUAGUGACACCACAGAGGAGUCCGACACGCAGAGCACCACGUCCAAUGCAGGCGAGCCAAUCAACAUAGAUGCUGAUAUCGAGGAGGCUAUUGAGCUUGCACAAAAGGCACUUAGUGCCACCCCAGACAAAGGUCUCACUCGUGCUGAGUACCUCGACAACCUUGCAAAUCACCAUGCCUGCCGACAUGACGCUAUAGAGACAUUAGAAGACCUGGAAAAGGCUAUUGAGCUGGGGCGGGAGGCGGUAGGAAUUACAGAAGGCCUCAGGGACCAGGCAAAAUAUCUAAACAGUCUAGCGGGUCACCUUGGGCGUAUGUUUGACGCAACAAUCGCAGCGGACGACACAGAUAGUGCGUCCGAAGAAUCAGAACAUUCGCCCAAGACAUCAGCUGCGAUGGACUAUCUGAACAAGGCUAUCAAGGUGGCACAGGUCGCCGUGGACCUAACGCCAAAAGCAGACCUUGACCGAGCGAAGUACCUUGACGAUUUGGCUGAUCAUCUAUACGUGAGAUACGUUAGAACACGCUCCAUUGAUGACCUAGACAAGGCCAUUGAUCUGGGAUGGGAGGUCCUAAAAAUCAUACCCGACGACUACCACACGCGACCACAAUACCUAUACAACUUAUCUGAGAACCUUGCAUGUAGAUGGAGGGCCAGAGAUAACACAGCCGAUAUGGAAGAGGCUAUUCGGCUUGGGCGCGAGGCGCUGAAAGGGACUGCUAUGUUCCCGAGACCAGAACUCAACCGAUAUAUGAAGUUCCAAGACGGUUUAUCUCACAUGCUGGUCUCGAGGUUUGAGAAGACACAUCAAAAGGCCGGGUUAAAAGCAGCUCUGCUUGAAUAUCUGGACAAGGCGCCACUUGGUGACAAAAACGAGAGGUCACAAUUUGCUCCGCAGUCGGACGGGUCAACUAUAGACAAAACAUCCGGUGUCAACAAAGGAGCUAUUGAUCACAAUGAAGGCGAUAUGGAGGCUUCUCUGAAUAAAAAGUCUCGCCAGGUAGGUUAUCUACAGAAUCAGGUUGACAAAUCAUCCAACCAAGAAGCAACUGAUGAGCUGGACCGAAGGAUUGAACUCGCGCAAGCAACUGUCAACAAUAUGCUGGAUGAUGAUCGGAAGCGAUUGACAUAUCUCAACUCACUAGCCAACGCUCUUGCCUCAAGAUAUAAAGUUGUUAAAGAUAUUGAUGAUUUAGAAAAAUCUAUCGAGAUUAUGCGAGAGAUCAUAGAUCUUGCUGCAGACAACCACGAUGACAAGCCGGAACACUUGAGCUCUCUUGCCAGUCUCCUUGCCCAGAGAUACGAGGCAAUAGAUUCAAGUAUAGAUUCUGUCACGGUGACCAGUAGCUCAGAUUAUUCUGGCAAGGAAUCUUCAGACUGCGAGGGGUCAAAUGAUUCGCUCAAUACAGACAAGGAGACUAUGGAACUGGAGAACUCGGGUGAGACCGAGAAAGGAUCAGACUAUUCAGAAGAGAGCACAGACAAAAUCAGUGAUUUAGACGAGGCUAUACAGCUCAUGCGAGACUCUGUUAAGGUACUCCCAGAAGAUCACCCUGACCGGCCGAGGUAUCUCAAUAGCCUAGCCAGUUAUCUCGCCGCCAGAUACGAGGAAACGGAAGACACAUGUUAUGACUCAGAUUAUGAUUCGGACGCCCUGUCAGAAAGAACGGAAGAUCCAGCAGAGAGCCGAGACGAACGGGAGAGUGCAGACGGAGAGGAGAGACCAGAAGAAGAGGAAAGUGGGGAGGAAGAUGAUGGCGCAGACGACGAUGAGGCAAACGACCUGGAUGAGGCAAUUCAACUGUGGCAAGAAGCCAUACGUGCGACUGGGAUUACCCGCGACGAUCGUGCAGAGUACCUCGAUAACCUGAUAGACCAUCUCAUUUACAGGUACGACACCACAGACGACUUGCAGGAAGCGGUUCGACUCAUGAAGGCUGAGGUGGAGAACAUUCCUCUGGACCACCCAGGUCGGCCAACAGUUCUGAAGAGAAUGGUAGAUCAUCUUGAUUCAAUAUGGGAUGCAACCAAAGAGGAUUAUCUGGAUAUCAAGAUUGGAGUCAGACAAGAAGCCCUGGAUAUUAUCCCUGAAGGCACUCCGCGUCGAAUAAAAUACCUGGGUUACCUGGCGCGCAAUUUCUCGUCUAGGUAUGAAAGGACAGGAUCAAGGGAAGAUUUGGAGUCAGCCAUCCGACUUAAAAGGGAGGCAAUAGAUGCUCUUUCAAUAGACGAUCGCCGCCGAGCAAUAUUGCUUAUAGACCUAAGCAUCAGCCUACGUGACCGAUUGGAAGUGACAGGUGCAGCCGUUGAUCUGGAGGAGGCAAUUCGCCUUGCCGACGAGGCUGUUCGUAUGAACACUAAACAACAGACCGAGUGUCAGGACAUCCUUUCUCACUAUAUCUUGCUAAAAUAUCGAGGACAAAAGCGUAUGGAUGAUCUGAACUUGGCCAUCCAUCUAGUCGGGGAGGUUAUCAGAAGUACCUCAGAUCAUCAUCCGAAGAGAAGCGAUUUCCUUAACCACCUGGCAAACUGCCUCGAUGCUAGAUUUAAGCGAAAACGGGUCAGUGCCGACCUGAAGAUAGCUCUUCGGAUUCAAAAAGCAGUCGUAGACAUCAAGACUGAUGACCCAGUUAAAGAAGCCUACCAUUUAAACAACUUGGCAAACCACCUCGAAUUUACAUAUAGGGGAAUUACAGGAAGAAAGUCUGACAUGGACGAAUCCCUCCGACUUGCUCAAAGAGCAAUUGACACUAUGCCGGAAGGUCAUCCGGCACUAGCGGAGAUAAUCAAGGGCUUAGCCAGCAAGUUUGACUACAGAUACUGGAUUAGCAAAAAUCCUAACGACAGGAAACGUGCCACAAGCCUUUAUGUGCAGGCGUUGAAUUUCAAAAAUGGAGUUGUCCACGACCGUAUUGCCGCAGGUCAACUUGCUCUUCGUGAUAAUAUAACGGACAAGAACUGGAAAGGGGCGCGAUCUGUGUCGGAGGCCAUUGUUAAACUGCUCCCACGUCUUUCUCUCACCUCACUUCCACGACGUGUCCAACAAGGUAUCCUUAGUGAUCUUAGCAAUAUCUCGGGAGACGCGGCAUCGGUUGCGCUUCAAACAAAAGGGACAGCUGCGGAAGCUCUUGAGAUUCUCGAAGCCGGUCGAGGUAUCAUUGCCAGUUUCCUUAUAGACUCCCAGGCCGACAUUUCCAAGUUGAAGGAAUCUAAACCCUCGUUAUAUUCAGAAUACAUGGAGGUCCGCGAUCGAGCUUCGUUGCCAUUGGAUGAAGAGGAAACCCCAGAACCCAGUGACACCUCCGCAGGUGUGCAAAAGCCCAGCCGCAGCAAUGUGCCCAUGAUGAUUUCCCAACGGUACAAGGACAUACGGAGAUUGAAGGACUUAGAGUCCGCUAUUAGAAAAGAAGAAGGGCUUGAACGAUUCCUCUUACCUCCUACUACCGCGGACCUUAUCGAACAGGCUAAACGCGGUCCUAUUGUGGUCUAUAAUGCCACUAAGAUACGCAGCGACGCCCUGCUCAUUACAGAGUCAGACGGCAUAACACAUUUACCUCUGAAGAAGCUCAAGUUUCGACAGCUACGGGACAAUGUGGACAAGUUUGUAGGAGAGCAGAAGUUAGUAGUGGGAUUAUCAUCAACUAAGCGUGAGAGGCAGCAAGAGCUCCAGCGAGUCCUUAAAUGGCUGUGGGACGUUGCUGUGCGUCCGGUCUUGAAGAAAUUGAAAUUGCUUGCGCCAGUGGCUUCAAAACCUCUUCCGCACAUCUGGUGGGUAACGAAUGGAUAUUUCGGCCUCAUGCCAAUACACGCCGCAGGCGAUUCAAAGAAGACAACCUCAGAUUAUGUCAUCUCCAGUUAUAUCCCAACCCUCAAGGCUCUGCAGUAUGCCCGCGAACGAGACCUGCGUUAUCUACUGGAGCCAAAUACAAGGAUGCUCAUUACUGCCAUGCCGCGGACGGUCGGUCUGGAGCCGCUGGUGACGGAGAAAGAGGUGGAGUUAGUUACGGAGACCGUCAAAACUAUGAGUUCGAUUGCCGUUUCGACUCUGAUAGAGCCUCCUAAGAGUGCAGUCUUGGAUGCGCUCGGCGGCUGUAGGAUAGUUCACUUCGCAUGUCAUGGGAUUUCGGAUUCAGAGAACCCGUCAGAGGGUAGUUUGUUCCUCGGCGAGAGCACAAACGAGGCUCCGGAGCGUCUGACUGUUCGAGAACUGGCGGGAGUGCGACAUAGCCUUGCACAGAUUGCCUAUUUGUCUGCGUGCUCCACUGCAGAGAACUCAUCCCUCGACUUGGCCAACGAAGUGAUUCAUAUUGCGAGCGCCUUCCAACUGCUUGGGUUCCCGCACGUUAUUGGAACCCUGUGGGAGGCCGACAAUCAGUGUGCAACCGAGGUCGCAGGAGCUUUUUAUCGGAACCUAAUACAGCAAUUGAGGGAGAGUGGCUCGGAUGUGAGUCAUGAUGUGGUUGCUUUCGCUCUGCAUCAUGCGACGAGGAAGCUAAGGCAGAAGAAACCGGGUAAUGUAAUUGGUUGGGCACCAUUUAUACAUAUCGGGGCGUAG